GCCACAAGCUGAUGGGUUCAGACAGUCGCUGCGGAGUCUGCGCAUCGGAAGCUGGUUGCCGCUGCAGCCGCCUGGAAUUGUGGGGGUUGUGUCUACCCCUCGGCUGCCAGACGGGAAGCCGAAGGGCCUGGUCCUAUCUAGAAUGGCUUCUCUGGGCAUGCUGCUUGGGCUACUGAUGGCCUUUUGCUUCACCUUCUGCUUCAGUCACCAGAACCCAGAGUUUGCGCUGACCAACCCAGAGAAGAGCACCACCAAAGAAACAGAGAGAGAGGAAACCGCAGCAGAGGAGGAGCUAGACUCCGACGUCCUGGAGGUGUUUCACCCAAGCCAUGAAUGGCAGGCCCUUCGGCCAGGUCAGGCUGUCCCUGCAGGAUCUCAUGUGCGACUGAAUCUCCAGACUGGGGCAAGAGAAGUGAAACUCCAAGAUGAAGACAAGUUUCGAGAUACUUUGAAAGGGCCGAAAAAAGGCAAAAGGCUGGACAUCAACACCAACACCUAUACAUCUCAGGACCUCAAGAGUGCGCUGGCAAAGUUUAAGGAGGGGGCAGAGAUGGAGAGUUCAAAGGAAGACAAGGCAAGGCAGGCUGAGGUUAAACGGCUCUUUCGCCCCAUCGAAGAGCUGAAGAAGGACUUUGAGGAACUGAAUGUUGUCAUUGAGACUGACAUGCAGAUCAUGGUGCGGCUGAUCAACAAGUUCAAUAGUUCCAGCUCUACCCUGGAAGAGAAGAUUGCUGCACUCUUUGAUCUUGAAUAUUAUGUCCAUCAGAUGGAUAAUGCACAGGACCUGCUUUCCUUCGGCGGCCUUCAAGUGGUGAUCAAUGGGCUGAACAGCACAGAGCCCCUGGUGAAGGAGUAUGCUGCAUUUGUGCUGGGGGCCGCCUUUUCCAGCAACCCAAAGGUCCAGGUGGAGGCCAUCGAAGGGGGAGCUCUGCAGAAGCUGUUAGUCAUCCUGGCUACGGAGCAGCCUUUCACUGCAAAGAAGAAGGUCCUGUUUGCUCUGUGCUCCCUGCUGCGACACUUCCCCUAUGCCCAGCAGCAGUUCCUGAAGCUGGGGGGCCUGCAGGUCCUGAGGAGCUUGGUGCAGCAGAAGGGCACAGAGGUGCUGGCUGUGCGCGUGGUCACGCUGCUCUAUGAUCUGGUCACCGAGAAGAUGUUUGCCGAGGAGGAAGCUGAACUGACCCCGGAGACGUCCCCAGAGAAGCUGCAGCAGUAUCGCCAGGUGCACCUCCUGCCAAGCCUGCGAGAACAAGGCUGGUGUGAGAUCACCGCCCACCUGUUAGCGCUGCCUGAACAUGAUGCCCGUGAAAAGGUGCUGCAGACACUGGGUGCCCUCCUGGUCACCUGCCGGGACCACUACCGUCAGGACCCUCAGCUCAGCAGGAUGCUGGCCAGCCUGCAGGAUGAGUAUCAGGUACUAGCUGCCCUGGAGCUCCAAGAUGGUGAGGAUGAGGGCUACUUCCGGGAACUGCUGGGCUCUGUCAACAGCUUGCUGAAGGAGCUGAGCUGACGCUGCCCCACCGGGGGACUGGACUGGGACGCUGAGAGGUACCCGCGUGGGUGGGUUCUGCAGGGGACAGGCAUCUUGGAGGACUUCCCUACUGGGGUCUGGGCAUCACCUGGGCAGUGCCAGAUCAGCCAUUAAAUGGAGACACGAAGGUCA